AUGGACUCCAGUGAACACCGUGUUGCCAUUGUCGUCGGAGCAACUUCCGGCAUCGGCGUCGACAUCGCCCGUGAUCUCGCAAAGCGCGGAUGGAAAAUCGCCUGCGUAGGCCGCCGCAUUGAAGCAGGAGAGGCCAUGCUUAGGGAGCUCUCACGGGCCGGCGACAACGUCCGCUUCUUCCCAGCAGACAUAUCGAACUACAACCAGUACGCAAAUGUCUUCAAGGAAGUCCGCAAACUCUGGGGUCGUAUCGAUGCACUAUGCGCGAAUGCAGGCAUCGUCGAUACAUCGUCUAUCUAUAUCUCCGACUGGAAGAAAGAACAUAAGAGCGUUGACGAGAUUCCGCCGGCACCGGAGUUAGAUGUUGUGGACAUUAACUAUAAGGGCGUGGUGUAUGGCACUCAACUCGCGACGCAUUUCAUGAGACAUAAUCCCCAACCGGGCGGUCGCAUUGUGGUUACGGGGAGCAUUGGCGGUGUUUUUCCUCAUAGGACGUACCCUGUGUACUGCGGUACCAAGGCAGCUGUUAACCAGUUUGUCCGUGGUGUUGCGCCGCUUUUGAAGGCGAAGGAGAAUAUCUACAUUAAUGUUGUCAUGCCCGGUGCCGUGGAUACGCCGAUUGUCCCGCCUGAGAUGACGGCUGCGGUUACGCCUGAAUGUUUGACGCCGGUUGAAACGGUCCUCAAAGCGUACCGGACUUUCCUCGAAGACACCACUGGAAUGACGGGCCAGUUGCUGGAAUGCUCCGCCGAGAAGCUGGUCUACUAUUCUCUGCCUGAAUAUGGCAAUGGACAUGUCACCAAGCGGGCUGUCACGGUGUGGGAGCCGCUGUUCCGGAUGUUACAUGGCGAAGACUCGCAGCUGCCGGAUGCCAUUCCUUGA